AUGUCCCGACCACAACUGCAAACCCGGCCCUCCAGCGUCGUCGCACGGCAAAAGACAAUCAUCCUGGUGACGGGCGGGAAUACAGGGAUUGGCUACGAAAUCGUCAAGAGGCUCGCCGGCGAUAGCCCAAACAACCAGGUUCUGAUGGGAUGCCGCGACACUCAGAAGGGGGAAGAAGCGGUGGCGAGCAUGGGCGCGCCCAUCAACGUCAACCCCAUCCAACUCGACAUCACCGACGACCAAUCCAUCGAGCACUGCUUCCUUGCCAUCCAGCAGCAUUUCGGCAGACUCGACGUCCUGAUCAACAAUGCCGGGACCGCCGCGCAACAUCUGCCCCCAGACGCCACGACGCGACAAAAAUUCGACCUCUGCUUGAACGUGAACGUUACCUCUACCGCCGUGUUCACCGAGACCCUGGCGCCAUUACUCGAAAAGUCCAAGCUGCCCAAAGUUAUCUUCAUAUCCUCCACCUUGGGAUCGUUACAGACUACCCUCGAUCGUGGCCUCAUGUACAAGGGACCCUGGUAUAAUUCGAGCAAAUCCGCCGUGAACGCGCUCGCCGUGUAUUAUUCCAAAUUGUACCCACGUUGGAAGGUCAACAGCGUGUGUCCAGGGUACCGUGCGACGGGUUUGAACAAUGCGGAGCUGACCAAGGACGAAUUGCACCCGAAGUUGGGAGCUGUCAGGGUGGCCGAGUUGGUAGCUCAAGGGCCGGAUGGAGUGACUGGGACAUAUUCGAGGUCGGGCAGUGAGAUACCUUGGUGA